CUCGUUUCGGGUUCCCUCUAUUUUCCCCCGGACUUUGGCCCUACCAAUCUACCCACCCGCUCUCUAUUCGGAUCCCCGAUUAAUCCUAGCCCUCCAAUUCUCAAUCCAACGGUUACCAUCGCUCGGCCCAAUUGUUAACCCUAAUUUCUUCUCUUCUCCCUUCAGUGGUUUCUCCUUCGAUCUUAAACCCUAGCGCCACCGUCCCAACUUCCCCAACCCAGCAACUGCCUCUUCUCGCUACUCUGAGUUCCAUCAAUAUCGCAGCCGAAGCUGCUGAUGACGACGGCGAUGACUAUUUCUUUUACGGCUUCGUGAAGCUUGGUUCUCGAUCUGUCGAUCUCGUGAGUAGCCAUAAAAAAGAAAAGGAUCUUCCUUUUUCUCUCUUUGUAAAGAGAAAUUGGAAACGGAGUUUUGGGUUUGACUGUUGUGCUUAUACUCGCCUGUAGAAUUUGUUUGUAUUAUGAGUCGACGGUUUUUUCUUUUUGAUUUAUGUUUGGGCUGUACCGUUGGCGGUUAAUUGGUCGUGUUUUAGGACUCUAGAUUUAGGUUAGAGAAUCGGUGGCUCGAAGUUUGCGAUCUGCUCUACUGUUCUUUUUGUUUUUUUUUGUCCAUCGUGUCGGAGUGACUGAGUCGGUCGCGAUUUCUGGAGGGAAUGGACAUUUUCCGACAGAAUUGGGAUAAUGAGUCCUUUUACUAGGAGUGCUUCUGUUUUGGGUUCAGCCGAAGGUCGCAGUCGGAAACUCCGAGGGAAAGCCAGGAAACUGGGCAAGUCUGAUCGGAGAGUAAGCUGGAGGCUCAGUGAGUUGAAGGCUGACAAGAUCGGCGCUCCAGGAAUUGGGUUGAACCAGCGCAACAGAACAGCAAUUAUGCCGUCUGGGGAGAUUCGCCGGGGCACGAGGGUGAUUGGAAUGGUGAAAGGUGCCAACUCGGUCCGGGUUUUACGGUCUGGUCGGCGACUGUUCCCUGGAUCCGGGGAGCGACAGGUCAGGAGGGUUAAAGAAGAUGAAGACAAGUCGCUCCACCAUAGUAUCAAGAAGUACCCACACAAAUGCAAGGAAAAUGGGGCCACCAAUGAUGAUAGGCUAAAAAGGAAAGCUUCUGAAAGUGUUGUUCAUAGUGAAGCGCCCAGAAGGGUGAAGAGACCUCGUCUGGCAGUUAAGAAUGUCAAGAAAGUGAAGAAAGGGGCACAAGAGUCGGACAAGGUUGUCGUGACAGGGGAUCAAGUUGCUGUAGUUGACAAGAUGUUCGGGAUUGUUUACACAAGGAAAAGGAAGAGUGGGAGUAUCGUGAAGCUAGAAAGCUUUGAUAACAAGAUGUUUGGGAUUCAAUUCUCAAGGAGGCUGGCAAGGAAGAAGGGAGCAGGUUGCGUGGUUGAUGUUCAGACAUGUGUUUUUGUUGCUGUCGUUCAGAAUUCUGGUAGUCGUGCAGCUUCUCUCUUGACUUCAAUCUUUAGGCACAUCAACAAUGGUGUUGGAUUGUGUGAACUUGCUGGAUUCUUGUUCUCUCAGCCCCUUAACGGUACUUUUGCUUCAAAUGGGAUCCGGUUCUUGAAGGAUGCACCUUGUGCAAGUAAUGGAAUUUGCAAAUUUUUUGAUUCUAGUAAUUCGGUGCCAACUUUUGAUUUGGACUUCUCUGUGAUCCCUUCAUGGUUUAUGCAAAUCCAUCUGAAUUGGGUACUAAGGUUGUCUCGUGUGCCUUCAAAUACAUCUUCGGAGGAAUGUGAUGAGAUGAUGAGUGAAGAUGAAGAAGAUCAGUUAUUCGUUAGUGUGAAGAUGCCCCAAGUGCAACUAGCAUCUGAAUCUGAUGUUGCCGAGAACAGGCCCUUUUUGAUUCCUUUGUUUAGACCUUCGAGGUUGACUGUCAAAAGCACUCAGCCAAGAAAUGGCCAUUACAGCCGUGGUGUUCGAAAAAGUCGGAGCUCGCGGAGGAGGAGAGCAAGAAAUCCGUCUCUGCUUGGAGUUCAGCCAUCUAAUGGCUUGAUGGUAACUAGUUCUGUUGGUAGCCGGAAGAAGACUCGUCGUCCCCUCUCAUCUGUUGUAUCAAUGUACAAACUUAGGAAUGCUUUACCAGCUAGCUGCAUGACAGGAGGUCCGAAAAAGGUAGGGUUAGCGGUAGCUGGGGGGAACAAUUGCACAACAGGUAAAGCUGGCUGCUCCGCGGAUCUGCUUGUUAUUGAAUCUGACAGAUGUUACCGGGUUAAAGGGGUUAAUAUUGAUAUGGAAUCUUCUGAUUCAAAAGAGUCUGUACUCUUAGUGAAGAAAGAUGAUGAAACUAAGUUGUCCUUUUUGCCUCAACAAUACAUGAGGCCCAGCGCUGUUAACCGAGCAACUCACAAUGUCUUGUGGUCUGGGAAUGUGAAUUGGAAGCUAGAGUUUCCUAGUCGGCAGGAUUGGUCCAACUUCAAGGAGCUUUAUAAGGAAUGUCUAAAUCUCAAUGUGUCACCUGCCCCGACAGUGGUUAAGGCUAUUCCUGUUCCUGGAGUGCGAGAAGUGCAAGGCUAUGAAUCCAAUCGUUCUGGUGUAUUUUCAAGGCCAGAUGCUUAUAUCUCUGUAACCACUGAUGAAGUGGCCAGAGCGCUAGCGAAGCAUAGUGCUAACUAUGAUAUGGACUCUGAAGAUGAGGGAUGGCUAAAGGCAUGUAGCCCUGAAUCGGUUAAUGCAGUUAGGUGCUCUGAGCUGCUUUCGGAGGACACAUUUGAGUUGAUGAUUGAUGUGUUUGAGAAGGCCUCACACUGCAGCUCUGAAGAGGUGAUAGAUGAGAAAGCCGCUUUGAGUCUUGCUGCUGACUUGGCUGGCCAAGAGGUAGCUGAAACUGUGUAUAGCUAUUGGUUGAAAAAGAGGAAGCAGAGGCGAUCAGCAUUACUGCGUGUUUUCCAGAAACAUCAAGUCAAGAAACCUCCAGUAACUGCGAAGCUUGUACUACGUAAGAGACGGUCAUUCAAAAGACAGGGUGGCCAAUGUGGGAAAGGCAAGCAACUGGGUCUAUUGCAAGGUAGGUGUUGCUGACUUGCUGUUAGUUAAGUUCGAAGAAGGUCCCAGUAGAGUUCCCAUAGACAUGAGAGUAGUCUGCAAAUAGUUCCGAGUUGCUAAAUAACCCAGUUAGUCUGUAACAUCUGCGCUUUCCUCGGUUUGAUUUUCCUUCGUUCUAUGUUAGGAUUACUACUGGAAAGCUUUAUAGUUGAUAUCCUGAUUCUUUUUCUUCUUUUCUGUGUAAAUAGUUGAUAACCCCUGCUUGAAUGUUGUUUGUGAUCUCCUUCUGCUGCAGUCUUCUUUUUCCAUUGCUCUCUCUCUCUCCCUCUCUCUCGACUGUAGUCUAUAUACCUGUGCAAGUGCUCAAAUUUGGCGAGUGUUUGUCUUAUAGCAGCCAUGGCGGUCGAGCAUGAUGCUCUGGAGGAAAGGAACGCCAUGCUUAAGCUGGAGGAAGCCAACUACUCGGCGAAGAGGUCCCUGGAGCUGGCGAUUGAGAAGCGACGCAAGGCCCAGUUGCUGAUGGAGAAUGCUAGUCUGCUGUGUUACAAAGCCACCAUGGCACUUAGGAUCGCGGAGGCCCUUUCUGCCUUCGGUUCAGCGGAAGUUGCCACCACUGAGAUGUUUGAUGUGGGCAGCAGUAAUGGUGGUGACGAUGAUAAGUAAAAGAGCCCCCAGACGGCCGUUUUUUGAAGAAAGCCCUCCCCACGGCCUUUGCGGAUGAGCAAAUUGUUGUAAUUUUUGUACAGAUUUUUACCUUAUGUAUAUACUGUACUACUCGACUCUGUAAUAAACCUCACAAUGAAACUAGUGGCGUCGACCUAUAAACGAGAACCUAAAGACAAAAACAAAAAGAAAAGGGUGGAAAGAAGAAAAAGAGUGGUUAGGUGAUGCAGUGAUUUCGUUUUUUCCCCGUCGAUUCCUACCUUCAAAGAUUGUGAGCGCUUAGUCUUGAGUCUAAAACAAAGCGAUAAUAAGGUUGAAAUGAAACAUCUUGUUAAUUUUAA